AGCCGGCAUCUCUUCUGGCGAAGCAGCAAUUAAACGCAUAAAAAGGAUGGUUUUUGUUUUUGAUUUGUUUUUCGUCCUUACUGGUUUUGUCAUUUUUAUUGUUGGCGCUGUUAUCUAUGUAGAAAUUAACCGUUAUCGAGGUUUUUUGGGUGAACAUUUUUGGUUGCUGCCAAUAGGAACUUCAAUUGUUGGUGGAAUUGUAUUUUUUGUUUCAUUUCUAUGUCUCUUUCCGAGAUCAAAGAGAACUUGUAUUUUGCUAUACUUUUUCGUGUUAUUAUGUGUGCUGUUUGUGUUCGAAAUCAUAGCAACCGCAGAUAUAAUUAGUGAAAAAUUUAAACUUAAUCACACUUUAAUCAAUGGUUUCAAUGAAAAGUUUAAGCAUUACAAAAACAAUGUGGAAAUUUGGGAUAAUAUUCAAGUUGAGAUGAAAUGCUGCGGAAUCAAUGGACCGGACGAUUGGCAUCAAAAAAUACCACCGAGCUGCUGUCACGAUCUAUCACAGUCAAAAACGAAUUGUACAAAAUCAAUGGCAUGGCAAUCUGGUUGUAAAUUACCAUUACUUGAAUAUUUGAAUGCAAAAGCAAUCAUUUUGGCAAGUUUUAACUUCUCCAUUGGAUGUAUUCAGAUUAUCGCCAUAGGACUCGCAUAUUACUUAUACAAAGUAUUCCAAAAUAGUUGUGGCGAACACAUCGAAAGUUUAUUUCAUUGAAAAAAGUAAAACCAAUUGAC